AUGCAAAGAAGCGUUGUAGAAGAAUGCCGGAGAAGAUAUCCGGAGCCGGGCGAUCUUGAUCGUCUGCCGCCUACUGCUGUCGUGCUGACGAGGCGCGAUAAUCGGUUGCGUGGCGUUUACUCGAAGUUGGCCGGUUGGUGGAUGCGGUACACCAAGCAGAAGCAUCUUGAAGAAGAGCCGGACAGACAAUUUGGCUCGGCAGGGCUUAAUUUGGCUAAACGAGAGAAGCGAUCUAACCCACGUGGGGCCACGACGUGCCAGCAGAAGCCCACCUGCGGGCAUCGUCAACACGACGAGGAAUUACUCGCGGAGAAAUCGAUCAAGCCAGGUCUUUUUACUGAAUAG